GAAGAGAGAAGAAGCACCAGUAACAAUCGGGCUCUUUUGAGACGUUUGGAGCAAUGUCUCGCAGACACUUCCACACCAAACCCCUGAUCUUCUGCCUCAAAAGUCUCCUCCUGGUUUACUCCUUCAUCUUCUGGGUGUCGGGGGUGGUGCUGUUGUCCGUGGGGCUGUGGUGGAUCUUGAUGCUCGGUCCGUACUCGGUGCUGAUCUCCAGGGCGCCCUCUGCUGUCCCCUUCGUGUUGUCGGGCACCGGCGCCGGGAUCGUGCUGCUGUCGCUGUUCGGCUGCUGGGCCACCUGCAGGGGGCGCUGCUGGAUGCUGCGCAUGUACGCUGUGCUGCUGUCGAUCGUGUUUCUCACUGAACUCAUCGCUGGAAUCUGGGGUUUUAUUUUUCGUCACGAGAUUAGAGGAAGUUUUUUGAGCUCUUUUUCUGAAGCUGUUCAAAAAUACAACGGUCUGGAUGAACGCAGCCUCGCGGUCGACGACAUCCAGAGGAAGUUGCAGUGCUGUGGCGUGUCAAACUUCAGCAGUUGGCUGCACAGCUCGUACUUCCCGGUCGGAGGAGUCCCGGGCUCCUGCUGCGUCCAAAUCCACGACUGUAACCGAGACGAUCUCCGUAACGCCUCACAAGCCGCCGCCAAAGUGUUCAGCCAGGGCUGUUUCGAACUGGUGACGUCGUUCUUCGACACAAACCUCGGAAUCAUCGCCGGUGUCACAUUCGGCAUCGCCUUCUCUCAGCUGAUCGGAACCACUGUGGCCUGUUGUCUGUCCAGAUUCAUCAACACAAACCAGUACCAGAUGGUCUGA